UUUAAAGCCCACAGUAUUAAUAAAGACUUGAACGGGUUCAGAUCAAUAUAAUUAACUGCGUUUUUUGUGAAAUAAAAUCGUUUAGCAAUGGUACCGCCACCACCACCUCAUGGCUGUCCACCACCGCCUCCGCCGCCACAUCAUCACCACCAUCAUCGCCCGGGAAUAAAGAUUGAGAUUAUACCUCCAUGGCGUCGCAGACAUCAUCAUCCACCACCACCUCCUCCAAAUCCUGUAGUUGUGGUAAUGCCACCAGCUCAUCACCCACCCCCUCCACCGCCUCCUGCUUAUUCAACACCGGCUCAAGUUUAUAUUCCACCCGGACCACCACCAGCACAUUAUCACAAUCCAUAAGCGAAUACAAUGUCUAAUGGAUAUAUGUGGAUUAGUGAUUUUUGUAAUAUUUAAUUUAUAAUUUAGAUAAGUAGACAAAGAAUUUAUUUCGAUUAUACUGAAACAAACUUUGUACCUUAAAAACUACUUUUUUUCUAUUCACGUUCAUUUUUAAAAUAAAUAAAUGUGAAAAUGGAA